GACCUCUGCUCUCCGGCUCUCUUCCUCCGACUCCGCCUCUCUCAGAACCAACACACGAGCGACCGACUCCCCCCAGCCUGCCUGCCGCCACCCCGAAGCCCCUCCAGCUCCAGCCUGCUUACUUCCCCACUUCCCCAACCGGACUCUAGCACUACUUCUGUCCCGACGCGAACCCACCUCUUUCUCACCCCAAAUGUUCUCCUAGUUUUGCCGGAAGACCAAAAAAAACAAAAAAAAAACUUGAAAAGUAGACACCAGAAGGGAGUAGCAGUGUCGGAGAAGUUUUUCUUCUCUGUCCCAGUUUUUGGCCCCGCGGCGGGGCAGGACAGCAAGGGGAGGCCGGGGGGGGGGGAAACAAGAGACCGUAUGAUGUGGAUCUGGUACCUUCUGCUUGGUUCGGGGUCAGGCUCAAGAACUGUCGAGAGCCAGCUGCUCCCAGGGAAUAACUUCACCACCGAGUGUAACAUCCCCGGAAACUUCAUGUGCGGAGAUGGGAAGUGCGUCCCAGGUGGUUGGCAGUGUGACGGAUUGCCUGACUGCUUUGACAAGAGCGACGAGAAAGGCUGUCCCAAGGUCAAGUCAAAAUGUGCCCCGACGUUUUUCGCCUGUGCUAACGGAGUCCACUGCAUCAUUGGACGCUUCCGCUGUAACGGCUUCAGCGACUGUCCUGACGGGAGUGACGAAGAGAACUGCACAGGUAACCCGUUGGUUUGCUCUGAAGCCCGCUUCAAGUGUAGAAACGGCCACUGUGUGGACCGCAGCUUCUUGUGUAACGGCCAAGACAACUGCCAGGACAACAGUGACGAGGAGCUCUGUCUGACUACUGCAGAAGCUCCAGGGCAGGAUUUCGUGACACUGGACUACCGCCUACGCUACUACAGCAUCACCUACGCGGUCAUCGGCAGCGCUGUCAUCUUCGUCCUGGUGGUGGCGUUGCUCGCGCUGGUGCUCCAUCACCAGAGGAAGCGAAGCGUCCUGCUGCCCAGAGGCGUGAGAGGGAGCUCGCAUCACCAUCACCACCAUCAGCCGCUGUUGCUGUCCCGGCUGGUCAUCUUGGACCGGGGCCACGUCCAUGCAGGAAGUCCACGUCUCUCCCAUGACUCUCCCAGCACAGCGGGGCAGUACAGCUCAACGUCUCAGGCGCUGCAGCUGCUGUCCGGGACUCUCUACCCUUCUGGACUCCCCUCCAUGGACUCACCUCCAUCAUACUCUCAAGCUGUUCUGGACGUCAGUCGGCCUCCCUGGUUUGAUCUCCCUCCUCCCCCGUACCUCCCAGAUGGGGAGCUUCCAUCAGAGGGUGAGCUGCCACAGUACGAGGACCCACCAGAACCUUUGAGCCACCCCGCAGCACAUCCCUCUGCACCCUCAACUACCAGAACUGUGGCCUCGGGCGCGCAGCAGAGCGCGAGCCCUAGGGAGGAGUCGGACCAGCUGUAGCCGCUGUCUUGUAAGACUCAAAGAGUGUAGGUGUGCAGGACCAGGCUGCAGAGCCACAUGAAGCCAGAACAGUCCAGAACAAUGACCUGCUGUGGAGAAUCGACAGGGACUAAGUGACUGCAGGCUAAAGAGAGCCCAUAACUCGCUGCCUGCACAUCGUCUCUCAGAACACUGUGCUUGGAAGAGCUCGUCCUGCAGGACUAAGCUUAUUUGCAGGCUCCCUCUGGUGGCGUCAUAGCUGCACUACUCCUUAAUCAGAUACAAAAACAGUUAAAUGGGCUGCCCUUGAAGACAAUAUGUACAAUAUGAUACAUAUAUUUGACCACAAUCUCCAGAAAACUGCCAUUUUUUUAAUAUGUUCUUUGCAUCUGACAUGAUCAUUGCUUUUUGUGGAGUUGUAUUAUCAUUACCACUCCUCACUUCCUCCUUCUUUCUUACAACAGUUUUUCCAAAGUGGGGUUUGUACAAUCUCAUUAUUGCUAGAUACAUUCUAUACUGUUCAGAGGUACUUCUACAUUUCAUGACUAAGUGUACUUAUAUUAUUUAACGAUUACAUUUUGUUAUGAAUGUGAUACACUUUAACACAAUUCAGUAUUGCUGUGUAAGAAUAAGAGCAGGAACAUGCAGCUGUGAUACACACAAAGCAGUCAGACACAUUUUUUUGUCGUACUUCAAACUAAACCCAGAGGUAACCGCAUUUGUAGGGUUUUUCUAAACGAGCAGGACGAGUCUUUUGCUUUCAUUACAGUAUUUUUCACAGUAUUUCUUGUUGUCAUUAUGUUUGAAUUUCAGAUAGAAAGAUGUGAAGAGGACCACUGAGAUUUUUCAAAACAAUGUUAGGCAGAAUUUCUACAAGUAUUUAUGUAUCCAUGGUGAACAUCAAUAAUCAUUCCUCUGAACAAAAGAACCACCUCUGUUGAUUUAAAAAAACACUUUUUAUGAUAUUUCUGUUUGAAAAUAAUGUUUGCCUUAUUUUCUACCAGUUUGGUCAGUAGUGCCUUUGUAUAAGAUUUUUUUGAAUACCAAACCAACUGAUUUAAAAUGCCUAAAACAGCUGCCUGUACUGAUAUUACUCCUAUGACAUCAUACAUUUCAGUUCAAUCUGUUCUUGGAUCAGAUAGUUAAUUUUUUGUGUCACAAUUUGUCAUGUGUAUACCUCCAGUUUUGUGUCAUUAUGGAAAAUCCUCCUCCGUAGUAUUGGACAAUGACUCAUGAAAUCCAUAUCUGAAGGAUCUGUGUUUAUACAUGUACUACCUGUAAUGUCUUUCUGUUCAUUUCAAAGUGCUUUGUUCGACACUGUACAUAGGAGAUAGGGGGGGUAAAGAAAUCUAUUUAAAAGUAGAGUUUAAUGUGUAAUGUGUAAUAAUAUGUGUAAAUGUAUUCGUACUCAACAUUUCUCCAGAGCCGGCACAAGAAAAACAAUCAAACCAAAGAUAACCAUCAUUAACCUUAACGAAAGGAUAUCACCCUCCAAAGGAAUGAUUUUCUGUCCCAGCUGUUUCUACCUUUAUUAUAUUCAAAUGUGCAAAGGUUUAUUUAGUAAAACAUAAUCAAUGUUAUUUGCUGUAAAACUGGAAAACAUUUCUCAGGAUGAAAUUUAUACCAGUGUCUCUUCUGUGUUAUCUUUGUUUAGUUUCAUUCAAUGUUUAGGAUUGAAUUCCAUUUUUUCUGAUCAGAUGAGCUUUGUUAUUCACGUGUCUGUGACUCUGCCCAUCUUGAUCUUUUUAUCCCUUGUAUUCUGUAUAUUAAAAGUAAUAUAAAAUUC